CGCCACCGCCACCAAUGCCGCCAAUGCCGCCAAUGCCGCCAAUGCCGCCAAUGCCGCCAAUGCCGCCACCCCCCCCAGACCCUCCCUGAUGGAGGCCAUUUCCCUGGCGACCUUUUCGCAGCCCGCCGCCCCGCUGGCCACCCAGCUGGUGCGCGCGCUGCGCUGCGGCGACAUGGCCCUGGCGCAAAGCGCCUUCGCCGGCGUCGAGCGCGCGGCCGAGGCCUUCCCGACCGUGCGCGCGUUCAGCGCGCUGCUGAGCUACGCCGUGGCCAUGCGCGACCCGGCGCUGCUCGAGGCCAAGUGGCGCCAGAUGCUCGCGCGCGGGCUCGCGCCGGACGUGCAGGCGCACAGGCUGCGCGUGCGCGGCCACGCGCUGGUGGACGACCUGCUGCGGACGCGCAGGGCCUAUACCGACAUGCUGGACAUGGGGCUGUGCGACCACCGCGCGGUGGCUGCGCUUGUGCGCUGCGCCGUGCGGUGCAACCACCUGUCGCUGGCGACCACUGUUAUGCGGGAUGCCGAGCGCGAGCGGGGCGUGUCGCUGGCCGCGGGCUGCUACAACUACGUGCUGUCGAGGUACGAGACGAUGGGCGCCGAGGGCGCGGCCAGGCUGUGGCGGCUGUUCCGCCGCAUGCUGGAUGCCGAGGACUUGCGGCUGGUGCGCCCGCUGGCGUCUUUGGAUGCUGGCCGCGCUGUGGAUGCGCACAUGGCGAGCUUUGUGGAUCUGCGCGGAUCGCUGGACUACCUGGACGGCGGUGGCCAUGGCCUGCAGCGCCCCGCCCACCUGGCCUCCUCUGGGAAGAAGGCCCGCAAGGCCUUGGUCAACUGGCUGACAUCGCGCGCCGCCUUCCCGGCGGCUCCGACGCUGUUUGAUCCGAACAAACCCGACGGCCUGGACGGCCAGAAGCGGCUUUGCGGGCUGGUGCCUCCGCCCGACGCAACCACGUUUAUCAUUGCUAUGCGCGCUAGUGGCAAGCUGCAGCAGUGGUCGAGCGUGCUGGUGGUGUGGCAGGCCUUGGAGCAGUUCAACCGCAGGCUGGAUUGCUUGGCCCAGCAGCAAAGCCGCCACGAGGAGAACCAGGGGGGGGGCUGCGGCGCUGUUGCUGGUAAAUUAAAGGUUGCGCCGUUUAGUCGUUUGGUUGGAUGGACUGCGCUGGCCUAUUGUCGGCUUGAACGCCGCGAGGAUGCGCUGAAACUGUGGGAGAAUGCCAGGAAGAGCGGAUGGCUUAGCGAUGCUGCUUUGGACACUGGAAUGGACGGAAUGACUGAGCGCUUAGCCCUGAAGAAUAAGAUAUAAUAAUAAUAUUUAGUUAAAUACAAUAUUUUCCGAUAUACUCUCA